ACUAUCAGAGAAAUCAGCAGCAGCGCAGCAGUAGUGUUUCGGUGAUGGUGACGUAUACCAUCCUGCUGUUUUGCAUUUCUUGAAUAUUUUUCACCGGCUAAGUUAGUUUUCAACAUAUCUACCUGGUCUCCCGCGUUUCACUGUACUCCUCGUCGACAUGGAGUACUUCAAGAGUGGCCUCAAAUCUGUACUUGGUGCACCAACUCCCGAUAACCAGCCAUCAGGAGCAGACACGGUGGAUAGGCUGGUCAACAGAGUGCAAUCUUCAACGUUACUCGAUGAUAGAAGAGAUGCUUGUCGAGCUUUAAAAGCCCUCUCUCGAACAUACAGAAUUGAAGUAGGUGCUCAUGGGAUGGAUGCGCUGAAGCAAGUCUUGGAGAUGGAUAAGACUGACUGUGAAAUAGUUGGAUUAGCUCUUGAUACGCUUUGCAAUAUUACAAGUCCUGAGGCUUUUGACGAAGAAGUCGAAAAACAUGGACCUAAACAUCAGAUUGGAGAACAGUUCACUGAGAUACUGAUUAAGAAUCAUGAAACUGUUAGUCAAAUAUUGAGAUUCUUGGAAGAAUUCGAUUUUAGAGUCAGAUGGCCUGCUUUGAAACUAUUAUCAAAUUUACUAGCAAAUAAGCCAAAAGAUAUCCAAGAAAUUAUUUUAGUCAGUCCUAUGGGGGUUUCCAAGCUAAUGGAUAUGCUUAGUGAUAGCAGAGAAAUCAUUCGCAAUGAUGUUUUACUGUUGCUGAUUCAUCUUACAAAAGGAAAUACUAAUAUCCAAAAAAUCGUGGCUUUUGAAAACGCUUUUGAUCGUAUAUAUGAUGUAAUUAUACAAGAAGGUGGAGUAGAUGGUGGAAUUGUUGUUGAAGAUUGUCUACUACUUAUGGUGAAUCUGUUAAGAGGAAACUACAGUAAUCAGAACUUUUUUAAAGAAGGUAAUUAUAUACAGAAGUUGACGCCAAUAUUUCAACUAUCUGCAUUACCCGUGAACGCUAGUGAAGAUAAUUUAUUUUUGGGCUGGAGUCCUCAAAAAGUGUCCAAUGUUCAUUGUAUGGUUCAAGUAAUUCGUGCUUUAGUUGCUCCAAGUGGGCCAGCUCAGUCAGUAUCUGCGUGUCAAACAGUAAUGAAUAAGUGUGGAUUACUGCAAGCGCUUUGUGAUAUCCUUAUGAUAAGCGGUGUUCCCGCUGAUAUCUUGACCGAAACUAUAAGCGCCGUCGCCGAAGUCAUUAGAGGAAACCCAAACAAUCAAGAGUUUUUAGGAAAUGUGAUGGCACCAAGUAGUCCGCCUAGACCAGCCAUAGUUGUAUUACUUAUGUCAAUGGUGAACGAAAAACAGCCAUUCCUUUUGAGAUGUGCCGUAUUAUAUUGCUUCCAAUGUUUCUUGUACAAAAAUGAGACAAGACAGCAGCAGUUAGUCCAGACACUGCUUCCAGAAGGCAACGAAAGUCCUACGUUAACAACAGGACAAUUACUAUGCGGCGGUUUGUUUUCUCCUGAUCCGCUUUCUAACUGGUUUUCAACUGUGGCACUAUCGCAUGCGUUAAUCGACAAUGUAAAUCAAAAGGAACAAUUGCUCCGCGUACUUCUUGCGACAAACAUCGGCACAACGCCCGUAACGCUAAUGCAACAAUGCGUCAUGCUCCUUCAGCAAAAUAAUAAAAUCCAAUCCAAAUUGGGUCUGUUAAUGUUACUAUGCAGAUGGACUUCAUAUAGUCCAGUUGCUGUAAAAACAUUUCUCAGUAUUAAUUCUUCAAUAUCGUAUUUAAUUGCUCUUUUAUCCUCGCACGAAAACAACGAUGAUCAUCAAGAAAUUUUAUUACAAAGCAUGUGUGCCUUUCUAAUUGCGAUAUGUGUACAUUUCAACGAUGAUAACGUUCCAAAUUAUAGUAAGGUCAAACUAUGCAAUUUAAUAGAAAAUAGGAUAGGGUUGGAAAAGUUUCAAGAUAACAUCGGAGGUAUCACGAGGCAUGAAGUGUACUCGCGAUCUUUGAAACACCCACAAUCAUCCGCAAAAGAUCCUUCUGAAGUCUUAUUAGAUCACGAGUUUUGUAGACUUUUAAAAACUUUGGAAGGUGUUGUUUUAAAAUCAGUUUUAGACUACAGCAGUUCAAAUAAUGGUAAAGAGCAAAGUUUAUUAGUGUCCGAUUCAGAAGCAACUGCACCAUAUAAAGAAGUUAUUAGACAACAAGACUUACAAAUUCAAAUACUAAAUACAACUGUCACUAAUCUGACAAAAGAAAAAGAAAUUCUUCAGCAACAAGUUUCGGAAUUGAAAGCAGAAGUUGAUUCUUUAACGGAUCAAACAAAAAUAUUACGAGCGGCACAAAUUAGUUACUCUGAAGAUAAGAUUCCUCAGACUAUUUCUAAUAAUGUUGCUUCAUCAAAUGAAGAAUUAGAAAAGUAUAAAAAUCAAAUAAGUGAUCUGGAAAAAAGAUUAUCUGAAUCUUUGACUCUCAUACAAGAAUUACAAAGUAAAACAGUAGAUAGUAAGACAACGACAGAUCUUGAAAAUAGACUAAAACAGCAAACUAAGGAAUUUGAAAAUUUAAAAAAAGAUCAAGAUGAUUUGUUAGUGUUAUUAACAGAUCAAGAUAAUAAAUUAAUAAUGUACAAAGAAAGACUUAUUGCGCUUGGAGAAAAAGUUGAUUCAGACGAAAGCUCUGGUGAACAAGAUACUGAUGACCAGCCAGAGUCAAGCAAUUGAUAGAUCUCUAUUGGUUGUCAAAUUGUACAUAUUCAAUUAAAAUCAGUAUCAUGAUUAUCGAUCGAUUUCACCGAAUACGACGUCAAGGGUACCGAUAAUAGCUACAACAUCGGCUAACAUGUGACCAGGUCCCAUUUUCUGUAGCGCAGCAAGAUGCGCGAAUCCAGGAGCCUUAAUUUUACAUCUGUAGGGUUUAGAGCUACCAUCACUGACCAAGUAUACACCGAAUUCUCCCUUAGGAGCUUCAAUGCAUGUGUAGGUGGCACCUGGAGGCACUUGGUAUCCUUGAGUAAACAGCUUGAAAUGGUGAAUUAAGGCUUCCAUACUAGUUUUCAUUUCUUUUCUAUUUGGUGGUGCAAUUUUCGCGUCAUCCGUUCGUACUUCACCAGCUGGCAUUUGAUUUAAGCACUGUUCGAUAAUUCUCAGAGACUGUCUCAUUUCUUCUAUACGGAUCAAGUACCUAAGAAGAAAUACAUUUAUUAGAACGGUUAAUAAAUUGAAUUGAAAAUAAAUUGAGUUAUUUAACGUAAAAAAA